GAUAGAAACUAAAUCAUGAAACUGUUACAAAUUAUAUCACAAUGUGCAAUCAAAGGGACGAGGAACUGCUCAAUGGAAUGCUGCUGCCCGUCCAAACCACGUCAUCUGAUUUGCUUCAAAAACUGGUCAGCAAGCAUGGUGAUGGACAUAAUAAACAGUGCAAUCAACCUCAAAUGUGCCGUAAGGGACACACACAACAAGAGAAUGGACAUACUGCCCAACUCGAAGGUGAUGAUAUUACAAGAAAUGAAUGUACCCAUGCUGAACAUGGCCGUGUCCAAGGCUGCCACCCUUCUCGGCGCUUACGACGUCAAUAUUGUGGACCAUGUUGUCUGGGAGUAUGACUAUAACGGAAGGGUAUUCUCAUACAUGGCCGACGCUAUAUUUGUGGCCACUACAACUCACAUGUGCGUCCAGAGGUUCGCCCAGCAGUCGUCUGUGCCAGUCCUGUGCAUGAGGUCCAGAACACACGCGAGUAUUCAGGCCCUGGCGACCUGCAUGUCUAUUUUUGAAGAAUUCGGGACAAUGCAGGGUGUGAACGUGUCGUGGAUCGGACCCCCGCAUCCGGUGCUGAAUUCUUAUUUACUUCUUUGUCCCAUGCUCGGGGCAAACAUUCGCUUCAAAUGUUGUUGCAACGUGACCCCUAUUUCUCCUCUUCUGAAGAAGGCAAGCGAAGAGAUGUCCGAAAAAUCUUCGACGGAAUGCAAGCAAUGCAGCAAUAAGUGCGAAGUACUCCGUAAUACUUGUGUUGUCCUGUCAGGGCCUUCUCCGAGGAAGGAGAAGAUGCAAGAGUUCCAGUUAGGAGUACAGGAUAUCAUGCAGAACACUCUUUGCCAAUGGAUAUACUUCCACACGUGUCCUCGCGGUAAGGAGGUCGAUGACUUCCUCUUCAACCACUGCAAUGCUCGAACCUUCUCAGCGUUUGAGAACAUGCAUUUCAUAUCCGCUGCAUUAAUGGCAUAUGCUAUCAAGAACUAUCGCUUUUGA